AGGAGAAGGAGGAGGAUCCUGUCCGCCGGCAGCAGCAGCAGCAGCAGCAGCACCGAGCUGCUCUCCAUCCCAUGUGCUUGGAAUAAAAAAAGAAAAUGGGCUCGGAUUCGGACAUGUGCCGCUAGAAAACCCAGCUCCAUGUGGCUGAUAGUCCUCUGAAAUCUAGUUUACCCGCAGCUGGAACAGACAGAAGAGAGAAUAUUUCUAUUUAUCACUCUUUUUUCUUUUCCAUCAUCAUCAUCCGCGCUGAUGGAGGGAUGCGAGGAGGAGAAGAUGCAAACUGAGUGCAACAGACUGACGGAGGAGAGAGACGAGGCCGAGAGGCAACUCAAACACAUCAAGAGAGUGUCUCAGAUGGUGAUUGAGGAGGUGAGCGUUCUGCAGACUCAGCUGGAGAUUGAGAAGUCGUGUCGGGAGAAUGCAGAGGCCCUGGCCACAAAGCUGAACUGUGAGAACAGAAAACUGAAGUACCUGAGCAUGUCUUCACGGCCGUGUUUGGACGAGCUGCUUCCCAGCAUCACUGACUGCAUCGCCCUGGAGGCCGACGCAGACGCUGCAGAUGCUGCAGAUGUUUCUGACGGCAGCCCCGACAACUUCAGCCAGUACCAGCAACAGGUUAAAGAGCUGAGGGAGACGGUGAACAGCUUGUUGGAGGACAAGAAGAAUUUCAUGUGUCAGAUUCAUGAACAGCAGCGACGGAUAGAAGAGCUGACUACACAGUCGGAGAAAGAUCAGACAGAGAUGAAGCAACUUCGUGAAACAGUCGACCAGCAAAGCAAAACCAUCAAGAGAUUCAACAGAGUCUCCAUGAUGGCGGCUCAGGAGUACGACGGCAUGAAGGAGCAGCUUGACUUGGAGCAGAGCCUGAGAGUCCAAGCUGAGACGUACGCCCACGAGAUGCUGGUGAAGCAGAAGGAGGCCAACAGGCAGAGCAUGUUGCUGCUGCAGAGCGCUGAGCCCAGCGUUCAGCUGCUGAAGGCCCUCGAGGACGUCGCUGCCGUCACCAAAACGCUGGAGGAGGAGCGUCUGCAGCAUCAGCAGAAGGUGCAGAGCCUGGAGGUCCAGCUGGAGCAGAGCUGUGUGAAGAAGCAGCUGGAGGCUCUGCAGAGGCAGCUGGAGCUCCUGGAGGUCGAGAAGAAGGAGGUGGAGGGACGACUGGAGCAGGCGGAGAAGAAGAACGAGGAGCUGGAGACCAGAGUCUCAGAGCUCCAGGAGAGCCAGAAAAAGAUCGCCAUGACGACCAGCGAGAGCCCCCCUCCUCCUGCACCUGGGGUCGCACCGCCUCCCGCCCCUCCCCCGCAGCCACCUCCUCCCCCUCCUCCCCCGCCUCCCCCUCCCCCACCGCCUCCCCCCUCCAGAUGCAACCCCCUCAGUUCUCUCAUAGCGAUCAUGAGGAAAUCCUCCAAAGGCUCCAAAGCCUCUGUGAAAACAGAGCAGCCUCCAGCUGCUGAGGGCGUGGACGAGGUGAAGGUGAAGGCGGUCAACGAGAUGAUGGAGCGGAUCAAACAUGGCGUCGUCCUGCGGCCCGUCAAGAGUCAGGACACCAAGAGAGUAGCAGUAAAACAGCCCCCAGCCUGUGAGGAGAAACAGCAGGAGAGCGCCAUGGACGAGCUGAAAGGCAUCCUGGAGACGGUGAAGAGGAGCCCCAGCCGAGGCUCCCAGGAGUCAGGGCCGUCGCCGCCGGGCAAGAAGGACAGCGAGCUGGAGGUGAUCCUGAGACGCCGACGCAACAAGGCUGGAGAGGCCGGCUCUGGAGAUGAGCGUGAGGGACAGAUGAGCCACGUCUCGUCCUCCGACAGCCUCAACGGACGGCGCACCAGCAGCGACUCGGGCAAAGAUCCGGAGGUUCUCGGGGGACUGAGCGUCCCCUCCGACGUGCCGGGGCCCAAGGUCAGCCCUGAGAGACGGGGCUCGGGGCCGGGGCCCGUCGUGGCCCGGAGGAGGAGCUCCGACUCCUGCAGGGAGAGGAGGUCCUGCAGCUCUCUGCCGGAGAAGGAAACAGCAGAGUCUCCGGUCAGCAACGGCUGCAUCAACAGCGUCGGGGACGAGGAUCAAAUCAAAUCGAACGGAGUCGUCCAUGCAGAGCCCAGCAGGGACGUCCUCACCGAGCCGGUCAACGGCAGCACCGACAGCACCGACAGCACCGACGCCGACUGCUAGGAUGGACUCCAAGGAUCCCAGGUUUUGUUUCUGCAACCUGAUCGGUGCAUUAAUGGAGCGAUCAGAUCGGGCGGUUUAGAGACAUCUUUGCCUUUUUUGCUCACUGGGUCAGAGCCAGAAUGAAAAUGUUGACUUUGUAUUUAUGUUUUUCAGAUUUACUCAACUGUUUGAACCAGUCAGGCCUGCAGUCGCGGCUCACAAUAUCGUAGUUAAAGGUCAGAUUUCCUGAAACACGGGUUUAAAUGUUCCUACAUGGAGUUCAGACAUGUUCAGCCGUUGCAGAAACCUUCCACUGUGUCUGUCGCUUGUGUACAUUUAUACCAUUUUUCAGCUAAAAUCUCUCACAUGAAUUUGCAGGUAGAAUUAAAAUUACCGCAAAAAACUGAACUUAACGGUUAAAUAGCAGUCUGCAUGUUCAACAUUCAUAACUCUGGUCACUAAUGUUUCAGAUUCUGGUAAUAGAAGAGGUUUUCCAUGAGAAGAAUAUAUCCGUAAGUCAAACUGUCACAUGUAGGAACAUUCCUACCAAUGUAAACCUGAACACAUGUUCAGUAUAUAGACCAGAUAAUCAGCCCAGCUCUACAUCUGAGGCUGUACUUCUUCUGGUCUGUGGAGGAACAGGUAGUGGUCACAUGGAGUGUGCCUCUACAAAGUUACAUCACCGACUACCGGCCUGGCAUGCAUACGACAGCGUUUUCAGUCCUUCCAGUGUAUGUAAACCCAUGUAAACCCAACAAGGCAAAGGAAAUACUUUUGUAUGGGGCCUGAAUCUGCAUAUUUAACAUGGAAAUGUUUCAAGUUGUUAAUAAGGUUAGGAAAUGUCAGCUAAAAUUAGUGUGUUUUUUGCAGCCUCUUCAGUAAAAACAAACAAAAAAAUCCCACAACAAAAAAGCAGCAACCACAGCGACUAUACACUAAGUUUCUACAGCGGCUGAUUUUCAACAACUGCAGCAUUUAUUGUUUUUCGUUGAAGGUUUCUGAACACGAACCUGUGGAUCCAGGAGGACAGAACAGACUGACAAUGAGGGAAGAUGCACUUUUUUUUGCACAGAACCUCAGUUUCCUUCAGACACUUUGACUUGUACAAUGACCGCGAAGCUUUAUAGGUUGAUGUUUUCUUUUCUACUUGAUGCACAAAGGACCUGCUCACUUUGUGCCAUCAGAAGGAAUGCACUGUACUGUUUUAGAAUCCAGCUCUCCGACUUCUUCUCCUUCUCCUCCUCUUCUUUCAUAGUGAGGGUUGCACAAUUAAUCUACAUAAAAACAAAUGUACACGACCAUUAAGAAGUUUGGGGUCACCUAGAAAUGUUGUUAUUUUUGAAAGAAAAACAGUUUUUUUUCAAUCAAAAUAACAUUAAAUGAAUGAUAAAUCCAGUGUAGACAUUGUUAAUGUGAUAAAUGACUAUUCUAGCUGGAUUUUUAAUGGAAUAUCUCCAUAGAGGUACAGAGGAACAUUUCCAGCAACCAUCACUCCCGUGUUCUAAUGCUACAUUGUGUUAGCUAAUGGUGUUGAAAGGCUAAUUAAUGAUUAGAAAACCCUUGUGCAGUUAUGUUAGCACAUGAAUAAAAGUGGGAGUUUUCAUGGAAAACAUGGAAUUGUCUGGAUGACCCCAAACUUUUCAACAGUAGUGUAUAAAGCUGGUAUCCAAGGCAGCAGCGUUUUACUUCAAAGUUAACAUUGUGCUGCUAUAGGACUGGGCUGCUAUAUAGUUUGUCAUGGUUUCAUUUUGAAGCACGCUUGGUUUCCACUGUGAAUUAUUUGGAUUAAUGAUGAGGGUGGAAACAGACUUUAGCACCACCUGGAAAACCCUGCUGCUGAUUAGAGCUGAGAAAAACUAUUAAAGAAAAGUAAACUCAGCUGAUUUAUGCCCUAAUUGUGCAGCCCUGACUACAGUAUCCUGGUAUUUAGCGUCUUAGCCUCCUCUGUGGAUUACAGUCCAGUAGAGGGAGGCAGGAAUGAGGGUUAAAAUCCAAAAAUCAGCAUGCUUCUUCCUUUCACUUCUGCUGCUGAGGCUGCAGUCCAGGUUCCAGCGGGUCGACUAUCAGCGGAGGUGGAAUCAAAAUGUGGCUGAUGUUGCAGGGUUUGAGGAACACGACAAGAGGUUUCGAUGGUAGCACAUCUAACAGAAAUACUCUCAGGGGUCAAAGUUUCACCAAAACCCACUUCAGGGGCCUCACUGAGAAAAAGAGCCAUUCUUCCUGUGAAAUGAGCGAAAGAUUAGAAGUGCUUUGGGGGAAUGAAGUGCUUGUGUACUUUUUCUACCUCUCCACAAUCACCUGCCUCUGAACCUAAAGUCCAUUUUGUGGUGUGAAAAAUCAUGAGAUCCCAUCACAUGUCUUCCUCCUCUGAAUCAGCACUGAGUGCAGAGAACCUGUAUGAACAAAUUCUGAGAUGCCCUCGUUGUUUCUCACCGUCACAACUCACCGUGCAUUCCUUGGCUUUUUUAUUUUAAUUUUAUUUUGUAGGGCCUGCUGUCUAUAUAUAGCUUUCCUGACAUGCGAUGCAACAUUGAAAACAAUUUUGAAGAGUAUGCAAUUACAUAAGGCACAUUUGUAUUACGCUUUCACACCUUUCCAUUGUUUCUUAAAACACAGGAUCACGUUUAAAAGUGCAUUUUGUUCCGAUCAUUACAUGUAUUUUAUUCUAACGCAGAGGACCAGAUAAGGGUACGGCUGCACAGUGAAAGUUAAAAGCUGCCGCGGGCCUGAAUAUUAUGCAUAUCGAGGCCUUGCACAGGCCUCCAGACGGCAGUAGAGUCCACCUGCAGCAGUUUUGGGUCCACUGGUCGAUUGCAUAGAUGUUAACCAAGUGGCUACUUUAAGGGAAUUACUGUAUCUGACAGAGUUUGUGUGUGUUUGGGAUAUAAAUGGAGUGUUGCAAGUUUUUUAAAAACAUGGAUUUUCAUUUUAGCCUCACUUGAAAUAAACUGUAAUUCAAACUAAA